GUUUUCUUAAAUUAAUCAUUAUCGACUCUCAAAAACAGCGUGUGGCUUUUCAUCACAGCUAAUUAAACGAUGAGAGUGGUCAGCUUGUCUCGCAUGCUCCCAUUUAGCCCAACACUCCCAGAGCUACAUCAUACAGAAGACCAGCAAGACGUCCUGUUGGAGUGGAAGAAAGCGUCUCUUCCCCGUUUCAUUAUCCUUAUUACAAAAUGCUUGAUCCCACCUUUACUCGUUUUCGCACUUAUACUCACCCUAAUUUCCCUCCUUCUGCCUACGGUGAAGCAUCAUGAGACGACCUUCUUUUCUAUUCAACCCAUCGGUCACGCAAGAAAAGUCACAGCCGGUAGCCUGCCAGUAAACUCGACAUCAUCAUCAUUGUCACCGUUGAGGGCCUCUGCCGUGGCAGCCAUCAGGGACAUCAAACAGGAGUUGGAGGAAACGAGUCCUGGGAACGACAUCGUAAACGCUACCAAAACCAUUGUACAGUCAGGGAACGUGAGGCUGGAAGAAUGGUUGGGCAUCAAUGGACCGAGUAUCUUCGUUGGAGCUUUACGUAUCUGCUCAAGGAUGAAGGCCAACGAGUCAAUUAUGUGUACUUCUUCGGGGGAAGCGGCUUAUCAUGCAGCUUUCUUGCCCCUUUCCCUCGGGAAGGCACUUAUUGUUCUCCCACCGUCCCCCUUUUCACCAAUACUUCUCUUACUAUCUGGGAUUCUCACUCUCAUAUCCGUGCUGAUAUUUAUUGUGGGCCUAAUAUCGUGGCAUCUACCGCGCCUCGCUCUUUUAAGGCAAAAGUCUCAUCUUGAAGCUGUACCCCAUCGGCCAGAUUAUCCCAGGGAUAUUGAUUCCGUAAGACCGCUAGUACAUGAAGACGGGGCGGAUGAUAAGGGAAAGAGCGUAGCGAGCUUCAAGUGGGGCAACGGCCCACAUCCGGCAUUUUUCUGUACGGUCCUGAGCGCUUUGGGGGUAGCAGGGGGUGCGAUGAUGGAGUUGAGAGACGUGAGUAAGGCGCGGGAACAGUGGGACGAUAUACAAGCUUGGGAGGUUGGGUUGGAAUUCAGGCUGGGAACGUUGACAUAUUUACUCCCUCUCUUACCUAUAUGUUUGUUCUUAGUUCUCGUCAUCGGUUCCUUGCCAUGGGCAUGGUCAGUUGCCCAGUCCAAGCAUUAUAUGAACUUCGGUUCUGUCCGAAAUAUGAGUCCCGUCUCUACAAAACCCGACAGCCUUCAAAACGCACAAACUCCCCAAGCGUCAUCUUUCACGGGCAACUAAUGAUGGCAAACAGAUUGUCAUCGGUGCAAUUUUCGGAAACACCCAUGGUCGAGAUUGAUGGAAAAAAGUCGUGGAGAAAUACGUUUGGAGAUGGGGUAGCGUCGUGAUACAGGAAGCGGUAGAUCUGUACAACAAUGCAUUAUCGGACAAGUCGAAAUCU